AACUUAAGAAAUGAAUAUUAUUAUGCAAGGUUUUACAGAAGCUAUUGUUUGGUUGAACACAUGGGUCGGUCAAAAACCUGAAUAAAAUACCCGAAGAAUGUUGAAAAAGCUCGGCCAUUUUCUUUUUCCUUGGUGAAAAAUUCAUUGUUUGAAUUUUGAAUACCUUCUAAAGCUCAAAUGGAUUUCUGUGUGAGUAUGUUUGGUUGUAUUUUUCACAAUUUAAGUUGUUCCUGACUAAUUGUAAAUCUCCAAAUCAAAAAGAAUGAAGGUGAUGACGAUCUUAACGAAGAAGCUGUCUUAGAAAGUUUAUUUACAAGUUGCGAUUCUGCUUGUACUGGUUUUGUUAAAGUUUCAAAACUGAUAAAGUAUUUGACUGCAGUUGUUGGUGAUAAUGUCGAAUGACACUCCUUGAUCCAGACGGAACGGACACAGAAAUCGAUAUUGAAACGUAUCGUUAUGGGAUGCAAACUUGGAUUGAAGAUAUACGCUCACGCAAUUUAAGAGAAGACAUUUACUAUGCUGAUACAUCCAUUGACAUCGAUAGGCCAUCUUCAUGCAGUGAAGAAUUGAGCUCCCUAAAUGACAGUUACAGCAAAGAAAUUCACCGAAGCAUCAACGUCACAGCAGAAAGUGUAGAAGGGCUUGGAGGAGAAUCGCCAAUAAAACAGGACUGGGAGUUAGUUACAAAGAUUGAAGAUUUACAAUUAAAUAACAAAAGACUCGUCGAUCACAAUACAGAGUUAAGUUUCCAGAUGGAAUGUACAGAGGAAAGUAAUAAUCAAUUGUUGAAAGAAAUGGAAACUCUACGUAAACAAUUGAGAAAUUAUCAAACAUUGGACAAAAAGAAUAAAACCAUUGAGAAAGAAAACGAGGAAUUAAGAGUCACAGUGACAGAACUUCAAGAAACAAAUCGAAAUUUUCAAAACAAGACAAAACAAUUGGAAAAAGAUCGAGUUUUGUUGAAUGAUUUUCAGGAAGAGCUCCAAUCAAAGCUAUCGGUUGCUCACAAGAAGUUGGAAAGUCUGUCCAGUGAUCAUCAGAGUAUUUGCUUGGCUUAUAACGAAGAAAAACAAAGGUUAAUUGAGCUAGAAGAAAUACAAGACUCAAAAGACAGAAGUGACGAGGAUUUGCCAAGAUCACAAGAAUAUUUCACGAAUGUGAUAUCAGAUCUUACGACACAAAAACAGGUUCUACAAGCCGAGAGGAACAAAAUGGAAACAGAGUUAUUUCAAGUUCGUGAAGAGCUCAGUCGUUUAAUGUUGAAAAAUGCAUCAACAAUAAGAACAAGUGAAGGAAGAAAUUACUUGCAAAGUAUGGCAGCGUUAAAACCCAUUGCUCCAAACUCCUUACGGGAAGAACUACAGGAAAUCACGGUUAAUGAUUUUCUACCAUCACCGAUCGUUGGCGACUUUCCAUCUGUUGGCACGCAAAAUGAAUCGUAUGAAAAUGAUGUUUUCGAUAGCCCCAGCAAAUCGUUAAUAUCUCCUCUUUCGUUGGUAUCGUUGUCUAAUUCAUCAAACAACUCGUCGUUUGCAAAAUGUAAUGACUACUUCACAGCAAUAUCUCAAGUAGCUGCUGACUUUCGAGAUAAGAAAGAGAAAGCUUUACAAACCAUUUCCGACUUGGUGCAUAUGGAAAAUAAUAAAGAAAACAAGGAAAUAAGAGAAAGUCUACAUAGACAGCUAGAAAAGGAAAUGGAGUUUUUUGCUGAGAAAAUAUGGCUCUUGUCCCUUGCUAGAAAAGCAUCACAAAAACGAGUUUCAAAAUUGUUGGCAUUAAUUGAGAAACUGAAAGACGAGAAUCAACAAAUGCAAGAAGAAAGGGACAAAGCUUUACAAAAGAUUGGUGAUCUUUCUUUAGGUAGUGAAGAUUUGGAGACAAGAAUCGAGGAAUUGUCUUGUGAGCUACAUGCAAAGGUUGAACAUAGUAGAAAUUUAGAAAAGCAAUGCGAUGAACUCACCAUGAAACUGAAGAAAGCAGAAAGCGAAUUAAAAUAUAAAAAAUUUGAAAAAGACUCUCUUUCAACAUCGAUCGAGCAUGAAGACUAUGACGGACUCACUGUUGAGUUUCGUGAGCUGCAAAAAAAAUAUGAAGAACUUGAGAUAGAACAUGGAGUUGUCUUAGCUAGAAUAAGUGAGAUCGAGCAAGCAUCAGAGAAGACAUCUUUUGAUUUAGCCGUAGAAAAAAGGAGAGUAGUAGAUUUACAGGAAUCCUUAUCAAUGUGUGAAUCAAAGCACGAACAAGAACUUCAAGAUAUCAUGGACUUAAUACCAGCUGAUGAUACGGAAAAUAAUCGGGAAAGUCAAACGUCACCCUCCGGUAUUACAGGACACCAAGUUCGCACUAAACUGAAAUCAUUCUUAUCAACCAAUUAUAAGACAAUACGAGAUUCGCCCGAUGGUAAACCGACUCAUUACGAUGACAAAAAUCCACUGAGAGUCAGCACUCCUCUUGAUUGCAGUAGGUUGAUCUCUUGUCCACACUCAAAUGAAAUUGGAAAUAACUUUGAGGGAAACUCAAGAUUAUUCAAUACACCAUACCCAGAGAUAGAUUUAAAAGAGCACACAGUACUACUUGAGGAUUGCAGUUUGAACUCCUCUGAUCAACACGAGUGUUCUGGUCCAUCAAGUGUUUCACCGAACCUUAUACGACCUUUUGAUGUGGUAGAUGAUAGCUGUGUCUCGCCAAAUCUUAUUGAUCCUUUCAAGAGAUUAAAUAAUGAAACAUUCGUCAAGUCUGAUGACUGCAUCACAGAUGAUAUGACGAAUAAAUGUACAGGGAACACAUAUAGCUUUGUGAAUGAAACGGGUGAUGCAUCAAAUCGCAAAGAAAAUUGCGUCAAAAAUCUACUUUCUGAUUUUGCAUCCGACACAUCACAAAAUCAUCAUCAAGCAACUAACCUUCCUCAUUCACAUUUGAGUACCGGUCACUGUUCGAGAAAUAGCCGGUCGAGUGUCGAUGGUGGCGAGUCGUCACCAAUCUCUUCUACGAUUCCCGCAAGAUUUCGCAAAAUCAGCAACAUAACACCACCUAGUUGGCAUUGUGAGAGUAAGGACGAUGGAGCAUCACCAAAGGUUGUAUCCAGUACAAUUGAUAAAGGCAAAGAAAGAGUUCAGUCAGGGACUAAUCAUAAACUGGAUUUUAAAUAUGAUGGGCGUUCAAAUGGUUUUAAUCAUAUUGAUGAAAGUGUUGUGUCUGAAAGAUUGAGAUCGUUAGACAAUGAGGAACUAAACGACAGUGACUGCUCAUCUCCUUUAUUAAAUAACUAUAUUGAUGGAGUAUCGUUAAGCUGGAGUUUGCCUACAGAUGAAAAAGAACUCGAGAAACUGUUUAAAAGUGUUUCACUUGCAUUUCGCACUGAUAAAGAGAGUUUGCAACAACGGCUAGAAUACCAGGGACGAGCUUGUAAUGCAGCCAAAAGGGACAUUACAAAGUUACUAAAUAUUUUCUCAAUUUCUGUCCAGAGUUUGGAGCGAAGCAUUGGUGAAAAGGAUUGUAAAGAUUUGGUGUAUUCAUUAUAUCAUGAAAUUGAAAAAGUAGAGAAGAGUCUGCGGACCUUAUCAUUACAGUAUCAACAAUUCGGUGGAUAUCAACAGGAAGCAAGAAUGAUGUCUGGUGUUAAUGUUCUCAUAAGUUAUGGUGAAAGUCUUUCCAGGCACCUGGAAACAUUACAGGAUACAAUUUCUUGCAAAAAGGAGGAAGAGAAUUCACUUCAUUAUUUAAAAGAUCCUGUUCCAAAUACCCGUCAGAAGACCAGAUCAAGUGCUACAUCACGCAGUGGUAGUAAAUUCUACAGUUUGGUGUCGUCAGUUGCUCGUGCAAGUGAUAACUUUCGACUGUUUGGUGAUAAUGAUGAAGAUGAUGAAAAAAUCUCACUAUCUUUUCAAGACGAUGAUAUGAAAUCCGAUGUAGCUUUUGAUGAUAAUGAUGAUGAUGAAGCCAUUGAUCAUAUCGCUGAUAAAGUGGAUAGACAUAACGAGAGAUUAUCUGUGCCAAACCAAAUUACAGUCACAAAAAGAUCGUACUUGGGCAGAUGUUUUCAUUAUUCAAUCAACCUCGUCAUCUUCCUUGCGCUGAUUUUCAUAUUAGUUUUCGUGUUGGUACGCUACAGUGUCUGCGAUCGUUAUUUUAUCACGACUAAGAUUCAUGAUUAUAUCAAGAGAUUUGAGAUCAUCCAUUACGUAAAUGAACCCGCUGUUUGAUCCAAUGCGUAAAAUUUUUAUCCCAAUGUAAAUAUUUCGUAUCCGGUUUUGAGCAACGUCCACUUGACUAAAUCUAACAUUUUAAAAUAAAGUGCAAAGCAAUAUUAUAGUCUGCAUGCUUGAA